ACUAGAUCAAAUUUUAUAAAAACUGUAUUAGAAAAUACAUCUUAUUGAGUCAUCUCGUUUCAAGGAUUGGCAUUAGAGAAAUGGUCUUAAAUAAGACCACAACUUCACUCAAAUACACCGAAUAGGAGCACCUACUUUUAAACUCCUAAAAAAGACUUUAUUUUCCAUACCUUCCAAUUUUACCCCUACACUUAUCUGCCGAAAAACUCCAAGGCCCAACUAACUCCAACUCUUCCAGCAAUACGGCCAAUACCUUCCAUAGAUCUGGAAGAUGAGCGUGGUGCAAAUCGGGAAGAAGAUGGAAGCGGUGCACGGUGACUCAGGGACGUUUUGAUGGUUGUAUGGCGUCAGCGCCGGUGGACGGUGUCACGGCGCCACGACAUCAGUGUCGUCGGUGGACGCGACAGAAAUCACUCCUCCUCGUACUGCUCUUUUCCUUCUCUUCCACCUUGUUCCUCUCUAUUCCGCCGAUCCGGUUCCUUCUAGAUCAGAUUUGGGAUAGAGCGUCACUGCCCCACAUUUUCUCUCACUUCUACUUCUUUGUCGCUGCUCUUUUUUCUUCCGUCUUUUUUGUUUGUUCUCUGUUCAUUUUUUGGCAUCAAUUUGGUCGCUGCUCUUGUUUUGUGUUUUGUCUUGCUGCUUAAUAUUCUUUUUUCAAAUUUCCUUUACCAAAUUGUAAUUUUGUUUUGUUUAUUUUUAAUGUGCAUUAAUUUACGUAGUAUUUUGUUUGUUUGUUCGCUGUUCAUGUUAAAUUGUCCCUAUUUUGCAUUUUUAGUUGAGAAGAGUUUUGGGGCAGCUUACUUAAAUUGCAUGAGCAAGUGGGCUGAUUAUGUAUGUACUCAAUUAAUCGUGUGAUUUUAUUGUAACAUUGAUAUUAUGCUAAUGUUGUCAUUGAGCCCACAUGCUGGAAAAGAAUUUUGGCAUUUGUCCAAAUUCCACAAUGUUCUUCUAUGGGUUUUAUGCUAUGACUUCAGAAAGCAAGUCAUCAAUGGAGAAAAAGUUUGCAGGUUUUAGGAGUUUUGGAUGGUCUGACUCGGAAAUAAUCACUAUGUUUCAGAAGCAACCUUUUUAUUUCAUGAAUGGACUAGGAUGCAAGAUGGAUUUCUUGUCCAGGCGAUCUGUUUUUACCUAUGGUUUGGAAAAAAGGGGUAAUGCCCAGGGAUGCUGUCCUGGAUAUUUUGAAGGAGAAGAAGCUGUUUGUGAAAACCGUAUGUGUUUAUACUCUUUUGGGCUUAACAGAAUCAAAGUUCGAGGAGUUUCUGUUGCCAUAUAAAGAUUUAGUGACGGAUCUGUGUGAAUCAUACUAUCUACAUGACAAGGACCAUCCAGUAGCACCACACUUCAAUAUGGUGAUGUUUGUUAGCUGGUUAUUGUUAUUUUGGUUAGUUAGUUAGUUCGAGUAGCACCACACUUCGAUCAAUAUGGUGAUGUUUGUUAGCUGGUUAUUGUUUGGUGAAAACUGUAUGUGUUCGUUCAUACAUGACUGUUAGCCGGUUAUUGUCAUUUUGGUUACUGACUUGGAGUAACAUUAUUAUUAUUAUUAUUAUUAUUAUUAUUAUUAUUAUUAUUAUUAUUAUUAUUAUUAUUAUUAUUAUUAAGAGAUUUGAU